AUGAAAUCAGCAUUGCUUCUUUUAGUCAUUGCUCUGGCAACAGCUUCAACAGUUGGUGACCUCACAUAGAGAUUGUCAAACUAUGCCGAACAUCCUUUUGGAUCAUCCAUGAUUAACUUGGUCAGUGUUAACAUGAAAACUGGUGGAUCCCUCAACGAGCUUAAACAACUUCUCCAACAAAUCAAGGAUGAAUUGAUUGCACUCACACAAUUGCAAGAUUCAGAAAAUGCCACUUUCACUAGAAGAUCUCAAGUUGACCUCGCCAAACUUCAAGCCACAUUAGAAUAAGCCUAAUAAGAUCUUGAUAAUCAGAGAUAAGAACAAUCCAGUCUUAGUAAUGAAUUGGCUACACUCUAAACCAGAGUUAAAGAAGAUUAAGCAGCUCUUGACAGAAAUGGCAGAGGCAGCUCUGAUGCUCAAUCUAGACUUGAUGCUGAAAAUGCAGAUUUUGCUACCAAAUUCUCUGAUUACAAUGAUGCCAUCUUAGCAUGCAAAGAAGCCUAAAGAUUAUUGCUUAAUUUGAGAGGAGAAGGAGCAUCACUUAUCCAAUUGACCUAAGACACCAAAACCAAUCUUAUUCAAACUAAGGAGAACUUCUAAAAGAUCAAGGAGAUUCUUGAAGCUCACACCAAGAAGAGUUCACUCACUCUCUUCCAACCAAUCAUUGAAGGUUUGGCUGAAAUGACCACCAAAGUCAACCCAGAAACUUUGAAUAAUGUCUUGAGCUUAGUUGCCAGAUUGAUUACUGCCUUACAAGAAGGACAAGAUUAAUUGGAAGCUAAUCACAAGACUCAAGUAGACAAUCUCAGUAGAUUGGGAGAUGAUUUGAGAAAUGAAAAGCAAACCCUCUAAGUCUCUUUGGCCACUGCCAACAAUAGACUCAAAGAAAUCCAAUCAAGAUUGAACGAAUUAGACGGUUUAAUCAAUAUUUCCAAUGCUAUUGUUGAAGUCACCCAAUUGAACAUCUAGGAUGCCACCAGAAUCAACGAAUUAGAGGAUUAAGAAUACAGCAACCAAAAAGUUAGCAGAUAAACUGAAAUCGAUAUCGUAGAUAGAUUAAUUGAAUAUAUCAACCAAAAACUAUCAGAAUGAUUUAUACAUCAAAUGCAUAUAUUCAAUUUUUAUUAAUAUUCAAUAACAUCUUAA